AUGGCAGAAGAAACUCCACAGAACAGAUUAGCCGCAGCCAAGAAAAAGUUAAAAGAAUAUUGGCAGAGAAACAGCCCUGCUGUUCCAGGAGAAGCAAAGAGUAACAGGAAAACGAAUGGCAGUAACCCAGAGACAUCCACUUCUGAUGGUUGCCACUCCCCUGGGGAUGAACAACAGAAGAAACAAGUGGAACAUCAGCUGGAAGAAGAAAAGAAGGCAAACAAUGAGAAACAGAAAGCCAAAAGGCAGCUAGAGGCUCAAAUCCAGAGAUUGAACAUACAGAAAAGGAAACUAACUAUAGACCUGUAUCAUACGAAACGCUCUCUCAUGUACUUUGAAGAAGAGUCGAAGGAUCUGGCUGCCCGCCUGCAACGUUCAUCGCAGUGUACGGGAGAGUUACAGCGGGCUCUGUCUGCUGUCGCCGCCACACAGAAGAAGAAGAAGGCGGACAGGUCAGCAACAGGUAUCCACGGGGCGGGCCCUACAUCAUCUGCUUCCCUGAAGGAUCUGGAGGUAGGAGGCUCUGGGUGGAGGUGCAGUGACCACGCAGGCCAACCCUCCAACCUCCUCCUGCAGCAAGGACUCGGUGCCCCUCUGCUAGCUGAGACAGCCCACACACACCCCAGCCCUAAUGAUUGUUCUCUCUACCUCUCCCCCAACUCCGGCUCCACCUCCUCCCCUCUGCAUGCACCUCAGAGCCCGUGCCAAGAACAAGCGGUACUCCUUGACUGGAGGUCCAUCAAAAUCAGUCGACUGAAUAACAGCAUCAAAUCUUUGGGCCAUUUCCCGCUGUGCUUUGGGCAGGUUUGCACCUUGAAGAAGGAGAAGCAGCAUGAUAUGCAUCGGGUGGAGAAGCUGGAGAGGAGCUUGUCCCAACUCAAAAACCAGAGGUCUGAACCUCUGCACCCGGAGCCCCUAGCAGUGCCCUCUGAGGUGGAACUGCAGCACCUGAGGAAGGAACUAGAGAGAGUGUCAGCAGAGCUCCAGGCCCAGGUGGAAAACCAUCAGCACUUAAGUCUCCUGAACCAGGCACAAAAGGAGAGGCUUCGGAGGCAGGAGGAGAGGCUUCAGGAGCAGCAAGAGAGGCUUCGAAAGCAGGAGGAGAGAAUUCAGCAGCUAGCCGUGCCACAGAGUGGCGUUGAGGAGCUGAACAACGAGAACAAGAGCGCACUGCACUUGGAGCAGCAAGUCGAAGAGCUGCAGGAGAAGCUGCGUGAGGUGGAGACAGUAACCUCGACCCAGAAGGAGCCAGAGGCAGCGGUCCCAGCCCCAGGGACUGGGGGCGAGUCUAGCGGCCUUAUGGAUCUCCUGGAGGAGAAGGCGGACCUGAGGGAGCGUGUGGAGAAACUAGAACUGCGAUUCGUCCAGUACUGG